AUGGUAGAUAGUGAUUUUGAAAUCAGUGAUGAUGAUGAUGACCUUUAUGCUGACAAUCUGGAUGAGGAUGAACCAGUUGAAAGGAAGGAGAAGAUGAAGCAGAAAACAGCAACAAAAGAUAAAGGAGUUGUAGGGGAAGGAAAGGAAGAAAACAUGUCAGAUUAUGAAUCUGAAGGUGAAGAUCUUUGGGCACCUGAUUCAGAUGAUGAAAUGCAAACCAAAUUUAGAGCAUUUAGAAAGGAGGAUUUGACUUAUCCAAAGUUUCAUGUUGGACAAGUGUUUGAAAAUGUUGAUUUGCUUAGUAAAGCAAUUAAGGAAUACAGCUGCAAGAACAGAGUUGAUGUCAAGUUACCAACGAAUGACAGGAAGAGAGUGAAAGUAGUAUGUGAUGAUGAUUGUACCUGGUAUUUGUGGGCUUCUUAUGACAGCAGAACCAAAUGUUUCAUGGUAAAGAAAUAUGUUGAAGAACAUAGUUGCUGCAAAAAAUGGAAAAUCAAGGCUUUCACAGCACCUUUUCUAGCCAGCAAGUACCUUGAGAGUUUCAGGGCUGAUCAGGAUAUGAAUCUUAGAAACUUCUCAAGGGUUGUUCAAAAGGAAUGGCACAUGACACCAACUAGGUCCAAGCUACAAAGGGCAAGAAGGCUGGCUAUGAAAAUAAUUCAUGGAGAUGAAGAAGGGCAGUACAAGCUGUUUUGGGAUUAUGGAAAUGAGAUAAGGAGAAGUAAUCCUGGUAGCUCAUUUUUCCUUGCACUGAAUAAUCAAGCUAGGUUCAACAAAGCCUACAUGUGCCUUGAUGCAUGCAAGAGAGGCUACCUCCAAGGUUGCAGGCCUAUGAUCUUCAUAGAUGGCUGCCAUAUUAAAACAAGAUACAUAGGGCAGUUGCUGGUUGCAGUAGGAAUAGAUCCAAAUAAUUGCAUAUUCCCCAUAGCAAUAGGUGUUGUGGAAGUGGAGGACAAGCCUAACUGGGUUUGGUUUCUUGAGAGGCUGAAUAAUGAUCUUUGUAUUAUCAACACAUCCCCAUGGACAGUAAUGUCUGACAAGCAGAAGGGCCUAAUAAAUGUUGUGACUAAAGUUUUCCCUGAGUCAGAACAUAGGUUCUGUGUCAGGCAUAUGUGGAAGAAUUUCCAAGAGCUAUACAAAGAUGAUGCAUUGAAGAACCAAUUGUGGAAGAUAGCUAGGAGCACAACAGUUAUUAAGUAUGAGCAGUACAUGCUUGAGAUGAAGGUGCUGAAUGAGGGUGCAUACAACUGGUUGAAAGAGUUGGAGCCAAACACUUGGGUGAGGGCUUUCCAAAGUGACAUACCUAAGUGUGACAUUCUGCUCAACAAUUUGUGUGAGGUGUUCAACAAAUAUAUCUUGGAGGCAAGAGAAUUGCCAAUUCUUUCAAUGUUUGAGAGGAUCAAGCAAUAG